AUGCUGGCGAAGGUCCGUGAAAGAGCUCGAGAGGAACAGCAGCAAAGACAUGAGGAGAUUCGGAGGCAAAAGAUUUUGGAGGAGGAGCAGAAGCAGAGGCAUCGUGAGCAGUGCAUCACUGAGGUGGCGCAGAAGCUUCAGCUGAAAAAGCGGCAAAAGAAGGAGGAGGAGCAACGUCUGAAGUUGGAGCUCAAGGAGAUCGCCACCAAACGUCAGUUCUUGGCCGCCAGCGCGGAGCAGGUUGAGGCGAAAGCACAUGCCGAGCAGCAAGCAGGUUUAGAUCGAGAAGCCAUGAAGAGACAGAAGGUCACCUUGAUCGAGCAGCGGAAGAAGAAUCAGACCAAGGAGCACGAGAUCGAGGAGUAUCAACAGAUGCAGCAGACCGUCACCGCUCGGGUGGAGCGCGCGAAGGCGGCUGAUCUGGUGCUGAAGCAGGAGAUCCUCCAGUCGGUCCAGUCCGCAAGGAAUAUGCAGAGACACACGGCCAAGAAGAAUGAGUUCAUUCGAGUCUUGGGGAAGGGCGCUUUCGGAGUGGUGGAGCUUUGGCGUCAGAAGUUCAAGGAUGAACAGCUCGGAGCCCAGCUCGAGAGGUUGGUGGCAGCCAAGCGUGACUUGCCUUUGCAUGGAUCGCAGAUGGAUUGUUACAUUUCUUGCGUUCUGCCUGGACAAGAGGCUCAAGUCUUGAAGGCUUUGGAGCACCCUCACAUCGUGACAUACAUGGGCAGCUGGGUGAAUCGUAAAGAGGAGGACCUCAUCAUUGUCCAACACUAUUGUGACGGUGGGGAUUUGGCUCACUACAUCUUCUACAAGAAGAAGAAUAAGGAACUGAUCCCAGAGACCAACGUCAUUCAGUGGCUUGCGCAGCUAUCACAUGCGCUGCAGUACUGCCACAAGCGGGCAAAGAUCCUUCACAGAGAUGUGAAGCCUUCCAACGUUUUCCUGACACAGGAUUUGCGCUCCGUCCAGCUGGGUGACUUUGGCAUUGCGAAGAACCUGAGAUCCACGGCGACCUUGUGCCAAACCGUGGUGGGCACACAGGCCUACAUGAGUCCUGAGCUCACCCGCAUGCAGAAAUACGGCCCCAAGACGGAAGUUUGGAGCCUGGGUGCCACCUUGUACGAAAUGUGUGCACAGGAGAAGCUUUAUGUCUCUGCCGAUGUGUUGGAGCUGGUCGAGCAAAUUGCGAGCACCAAAGAGGCGCCCAGAUUGUCCUCGGAGCUCGGAUACUCGUGGGAACUCCAAGAGAUUUGCGCUGCGAUGCUGGUGAAAGAUCCAGGCACCCGCCCCACCUUGAGCGAGAUGUUAACAGAUCAUGAGCUCUUGAGAGUCACGGUCCUCCAGUUGGAACGGAACGUGGAGUGGAAAGACUCCUUAGUGCCAGAGGAGCUGCACAGCCUGGAAGUCCCAAGUGAGUCCCAAGAGAAGUUGCGGGAGCUCUUCAAGAAGUACAGUAAGAAUGGGCUCUUAAGCCGGACAGAGCUCACCAACCUCUUACAGAAGUUGCAUCCGAAAUGGGCUUCGGGUGUGGCGUCGGUGUUGUUAAAAGCUGCCGAUUCCAAUGGCGAUGAAAAUCUGGACUACGAGGAGUUUCUGAGUUGGCUACUUGGAGGUGAACAGGAAUGGACUCCCAUUAAGCAGGCGAUGAUUUCGGCUGAAGAUGAUGCUGACGCUCCUGUGCUUCCGGAGGGUUCCGGAGGAGGUUUCUCUGAAAUGGCCGCAGAUGCACGUGAGCGUCUUCUGAAAUCUAGCACAGGAAGUGGAAUGACUCUGGAGGAGGCAGCAGAAGUCAAGGAGUUGCAGGAGCUGGUGAAACUGCAGAAGGAUUUGAUUGAGCUCCUGAAGCAAUUCCCAGCGUUUGAUCCCAUCUCCGAGGCUAUGGCCGUACUGGACUUCAGCUCUUGGUCGGUUCCACAGCUGAAAGAGUACAUUUCAGCUGAAGGGCGCUCCAUCGCAGGUUUAUCCGAGAAGCAGGACUUGGUGGAACUCUGCGAUCAGAUCUUCGCUGACUCGACGGUCUCCAGCGACCCUGUCUCGGUCUCGCCAGAAGAAAGGAGACUCGGCGCGGAGUCGUUGGCGCGUGCCAAGUGUAUCGAUGCCAGACUGCGUUGUAUUCAGAUUUUGCAAGACACCAGCCAAGCAGGACCCGAUCCCGUGGAAUUGGCCGUGGCCGUCCGACAAGCCCAGCGCUUGCUGUCUACAGAGCCUUGUGAGACGGCGAUUCUCAGCCAUUCACAGAGACUGGGGAUGUGUGCGGAAGACCAAUUCAAGAGUGCGAAGACACUACCUGAAAUGGAGCAAGCAGUGAAUCUGAUGCAAGCAGUCCAGGAUGCUGUGAAGAUGCCAGAUGGUCGGAAGAACUGUGUAUCAGCUCGAGCUUUGGAUGAGGCAAACUCUUGUUUACAGCAAACUAGGAUGAAAGAGAAGCAGAUCGGCGUUCGGUCCCAAUGUGGCCCGUUUGUGAAGAACAUCUCUUUAAAGGGAGAUGUGCCUUUCCCAGAGCUCCAAAAGAAGUUGGCGGAGCUUUGGAGUAAGCCGUUGGAUUCCUUGAGCUUCUUCACUACCGAUGGACAGCUUCUGGACGCCGAAAAGUGGCAGGAGCUCCAGCUCGGCAAGGGUCCCAUCGAGGCGCCGGACGGCGAGUGA